CCCCUCCUCCUCACUCCUCGCUCUCCAGCGCUGCGGCCACCGGAGCGCUCCAGGGGUCUGCGCCCGUCUGCUCUGCCCCAGACCUGCCGGCGAAGGGUGCUGGGGAGGAGCUCCUGGGCAUAGCUAGGUUUUUUAUAUGCAUUCUGGAAAUUUGAACUCCGGCCCUCAUGCUUGUUCAGCAACUGUUGUUACCCACUGAGCCAUCUUCCUUGCACCAAGAAUAUCUUAAUAGUGUCAAAACAUUGCCUCCAUUAUAAAGAUGUCUCAAAUUUAAACUCUGAUGAAAGUUACCUAUUUUGCUGUUCUGAAACCCAGGACUUUGAGGAUGCUAGGUUUCUGAACUUGUUCAUGGCUGAAUUUUUAAAAAAUAUAUUCAAGAUUUCCUGUUAUGAAAUUUUAUGCCAGCGUGGCUUCAUUCAUACAGAUGAACCAAGCAUUGGGAUAGCAGUAUAAAAUUAGAAUCAGACAGCUGACUGCUCAGCAGGAUGCCAUCAACUAACAGAGCAGGCAGUCUAAAGGACCCUGAAAUUGCAGAGCUCUUCUUCAAAGAAGAUCCGGAAAAGCUCUUCACAGAUCUCAGAGAAAUCGGCCAUGGGAGCUUUGGAGCAGUAUAUUUUGCACGAGAUGUGCGUACUAAUGAAGUGGUGGCCAUCAAGAAAAUGUCUUAUAGUGGAAAGCAGUCUACUGAGAAAUGGCAGGAUAUUAUCAAGGAAGUCAAAUUUCUACAAAGGAUAAAACAUCCCAACAGUAUAGAAUACAAAGGCUGCUAUUUACGUGAACACACAGCAUGGCUUGUAAUGGAAUAUUGUUUAGGAUCUGCUUCAGAUUUAUUAGAAGUUCAUAAAAAGCCAUUACAAGAAGUGGAAAUAGCAGCAAUUACACAUGGUGCUCUCCAGGGAUUAGCUUAUUUACAUUCUCAUACCAUGAUCCAUAGAGAUAUCAAAGCAGGGAAUAUCCUUCUGACAGAACCAGGCCAAGUGAAACUUGCUGACUUUGGAUCUGCUUCCAUGGCCUCCCCUGCCAAUUCUUUUGUGGGAACACCAUAUUGGAUGGCCCCAGAAGUAAUUUUAGCCAUGGAUGAAGGACAAUAUGAUGGCAAAGUUGAUGUAUGGUCUCUUGGAAUAACAUGUAUUGAAUUAGCCGAGAGGAAGCCUCCUUUAUUUAAUAUGAAUGCAAUGAGUGCCUUAUAUCACAUAGCCCAAAAUGAAUCCCCUACACUACAAUCUAAUGAAUGGUCUGAUUAUUUUCGAAACUUUGUAGAUUCUUGUCUCCAGAAAAUCCCUCAAGAUCGCCCUACAUCAGAGGAACUUUUAAAGCACAUGUUUGUUCUUCGAGAGCGCCCUGAAACAGUGUUAAUAGAUCUUAUUCAAAGGACAAAGGAUGCAGUAAGAGAGUUGGACAAUCUGCAGUAUCGAAAGAUGAAGAAACUCCUUUUCCAAGAGGCACAUAAUGGGCCAGCGGUAGAAGCACAGGAAGAAGAGGAGGAGCAAGAUCAUGGUGUUGGCCGGACAGGAACAGUGAAUAGUGUUGGAAGUAAUCAGUCUAUCCCCAGUAUGUCUAUCAGUGCCAGCAGCCAAAGCAGCAGUGUUAAUAGUCUUCCAGAUGCAUCGGAUGACAAGAGUGAGCUAGACAUGAUGGAGGGAGACCAUACAGUAAUGUCUAACAGUUCUGUUAUCCACUUAAAACCUGAGGAGGAAAAUUACCAAGAAGAAGGAGAUCUUAGAACAAGAGCAUCAGAUCCACAGUCUCCACCUCAAGUGUCUCGUCACAAAUCACAUUAUCGUAAUAGAGAACACUUUGCAACUAUACGAACAGCAUCACUGGUUACAAGACAGAUGCAAGAACAUGAGCAGGAUUCUGAACUUAGAGAACAGAUGUCUGGUUACAAGCGGAUGAGGCGACAGCAUCAAAAGCAGCUAAUGACUUUGGAAAAUAAACUGAAGGCAGAGAUGGACGAACACCGGCUGAGAUUAGACAAAGAUCUUGAAACUCAGCGUAACAAUUUUGCUGCAGAAAUGGAAAAACUUAUUAAGAAACACCAAGCUGCUAUGGAAAAAGAGGCUAAAGUGAUGGCCAACGAGGAGAAAAAAUUCCAGCAACACAUUCAGGCUCAACAGAAAAAAGAACUGAAUAGCUUUUUGGAGUCUCAAAAAAGAGAAUAUAAACUUCGAAAAGAGCAGCUUAAGGAGGAGCUGAAUGAAAACCAGAGCACACCUAAAAAAGAAAAGCAGGAAUGGCUUUCAAAGCAGAAGGAGAAUAUACAACAUUUUCAGGCAGAAGAAGAAGCUAAUCUUCUUCGCCGUCAAAGGCAGUAUCUAGAGCUAGAAUGUCGUCGCUUCAAAAGAAGAAUGUUACUUGGGCGACACAACUUGGAACAGGACCUUGUCAGGGAGGAGUUAAACAAAAGGCAGACUCAAAAGGACUUGGAACAUGCAAUGCUACUGCGACAGCAUGAAUCCAUGCAAGAACUGGAGUUUCGCCACCUCAACACUAUUCAGAAGAUGCGCUGUGAGUUGAUCAGACUGCAGCAUCAAACUGAGCUCACUAACCAGCUGGAAUACAAUAAGAGAAGGGAACGGGAACUAAGGCGAAAACAUGUCAUGGAAGUUCGACAACAACCUAAGAGUUUGAAGUCUAAAGAACUCCAAAUAAAAAAGCAGUUUCAGGAUACCUGCAAAAUUCAAACCAGACAGUACAAAGCAUUAAGGAAUCACCUACUGGAGACUACACCAAAGAGUGAGCACAAAGCUGUUCUGAAAAGACUCAAGGAGGAACAGACUCGGAAGUUAGCCAUCUUGGCUGAGCAGUAUGAUCAUAGCAUUAAUGAAAUGCUCUCCACACAAGCUUUGCGUUUGGAUGAAGCACAGGAAGCAGAAUGCCAGGUUUUGAAGAUGCAGCUGCAGCAGGAACUGGAGCUGUUAAAUGCAUAUCAGAGCAAAAUCAAGAUGCAGGCUGAGGCCCAACAUGAUCGAGAACUUCGAGAGCUGGAACAGAGGGUCUCCCUUCGCAGAGCACUCUUAGAGCAAAAGAUUGAAGAAGAGAUGUUGGCUUUGCAGAAUGAACGAACAGAACGAAUACGUAGCCUGCUUGAGCGUCAAGCCAGAGAAAUUGAAGCAUUUGACUCUGAAAGCAUGAGAUUAGGUUUUAGUAACAUGGUCCUUUCUAAUCUCUCCCCUGAGGCAUUCAGCCACAGCUACCCAGGAGCUUCUAGUUGGUCUCACAAUCCUACUGGAGGUCCAGGACCUCACUGGGGUCAUCCCAUGGGUGGCACACCACAAGCUUGGGGUCAUCCGAUGCAAGGUGGACCCCAACCAUGGGGUCAUCCCUCAGGGCCAAUGCAAGGGGUACCUCGAGGUAGCAGUAUGGGAGUCCGCAAUAGCCCCCAGGCUCUGAGGCGGACAGCUUCUGGGGGACGGACGGAACAGGGCAUGAGCAGAAGCACGAGUGUCACUUCACAAAUAUCCAAUGGGUCACACAUGUCUUACACAUAAUAAUUGAAAGUGGCAAUUCCGCUGGAGCUGUCUGCCAAAAGAAACUGCCUACAGAAAUCAUCACAGCAGCCUCCUCACUUGGGUACUACCGUGUGGAAGCUGUACAUAUGGUAUAUUUUAUUCGUCUUUGUAAAGCGUUAUGUUUUGUGUUUACUAAUUGGGAUGUCAUAGUAUUUGGCUGCCGGGGUUUUUGUGGUCGGCUUUUGUUUUUAUUUUAACUUUUGGAAAAAUUUUAAAGUGGAAAUAGAUAAAUAUUUCAUGUAUGUGGCAAAAAAAAAAUUGGCUUAAUUAGAAGGGGUAUUAUCUGAACAAUAUAAAAAUAAAAUGAAGCAAACUAAUCUGAAUCAUCACUUUAGGGUAUCCAUAGCCUAAGAAAUUUGUUGGAAGAUCUAAAGCCUUCCUUCAUAUUCCAAACUCUGUGAGUCACUGACAGCAGGCAGCAUCCAUGCUGAAACACAUUCUUACUGAAAUAUACCUCCACUCCUCACCAGUGUGUUUUCUUUAUUUAUGAAUUGAUCUGAUUUCUCAACCUCAUUUGGACUAAAAGAGACCAUGAACAUUAAAAGAUUGCAUUUACCUUUUCAGUGGUAGAAAAUCAUUUAGUUCUUUGCUAAGUGCUUCAGAAGUUUGUCAGAUUUUGUAGGUUGUAUCAUAAGAUGGAGUUGCUUAAGGAGAUCAUAAGCUGUAUGGCUAUUGCACUAACAAACCUGUGAGCUUUCAGAGAGAAAACCUAGAGGGCCAGAGGGCACCCUGAAAAUUCCUGUGAUAGGAAUGUACAGCAGGGAGAAGGAGAUAAAGCCUAUAUAGCCUGACAUUUUGUUUCUUGAACAAUAUCUCAUCUGACCCAAACUGUAAGACCCUAAAACAGCACCUUUGCUUUGUUUGUACAAAAAUGAAGACAUAUAGCCAACAUAAAGCAAAUGCCAGAGGUAUUGAAUGAUGCCAAUUUGUGAACUGCCAUCUGUUAAAAUAUUCAUCACACUACAUAGACAUAAUUUUAUUAUCCCCUUUUUAGCUUAUGGGAUUUCCUGUUUACAAAUAGCAAUAGUCAAUUAUUUAAAUACUUAGUUGCCACCAGGAGUCACUGAGCCAAUGACUACCAGCUGCUGACUAAUCUUCACACUGUAGUUAUUGCUUCAUUUGUAGGUCCUCUGUGCUUAAUCGCUGUUUUUGUUGCUGUAGUACCUUACAAAUCCUUAAUUCAUUGAGACGUAGUGACCAUCUGAGUUCAUGUUAAUAUCACAUAAUAGCAAAUUCCCUUUCAGAAGUCUCUAGCUUUAGUGCUAAAAUACUACUGAGAAAGAAACUAGGUAGUUUGCUGAAUGAAAGAAAACAAAAAUUGAAGAUAUUAUAUAGUGGUCAGGAACCACUAACAUCUGGGGAGUAUGCUUUAUCUGUUCUUCAAUGAAGGAUCACUCCAGUGGUCUUCAUCAACAUUAGUUAAUAUCCUAUUGUUUGUGUGGAGCCUGAGUUGGUGGUAUCCUAGGGCCAAUGCCCUCUUUUAGUGAGAGGCCAGAGUUUAUUUUAUAAGUUAUUGUCCUGCUCCCUUUUCAUUUGUAUUGAGCUCUUGCUACUAACUUUGGGUCCUGCUUUUCAUUUAGGUAGAAGGUAAGCAUUCUCUUCAUCAUAAUUAGAACAAAACUAGUGACCAAAUUGUCAUCUGCUACUGUGGAAGUUCUUGGUUUUCUUAACCACAUCUCAUGUCUUGUCCAGAUAAUGUCAGUCCAUUCUCCAUGACUUACCCCCUUCAGAAGUUUUUGACACUAAUUAAAAGAAAAAUUAGAAUAGGGUGUGGUAGCAAAUGCCUAUAACCCCAGCAUUUAGGAGGCAGGGUUGGAAACUCAGGUUCAAGGCUGCCUUCAAGUGUCUCAAGAAAGGUCACACAAACUUCUAGGGACAGUUUUAAAUAUAUUCCCCAUCCAUUUUUUGAGGUAAACUUAACUUGCUAUAGCUAAUAAAAAGGGCUUUUCUUUUAGGUUUUUUUGUUUUUGGUUUUUUUUUGUUGUUGUUGUUGUUGUUGUUGUUCAAAAUACUAUUAAAGAGUUUCAAACAAAUUGAGAAUUAUCUGUUUGGAGGAAAUAAGGGAAAGCUUUAGAGAUUAGUAGGCCAUUCAAAACUAUAAAAGAAUAUCAUCUUUAAAAACCAUUCUGGCAACUAUCUGCUACCAGAAGGUUGAAUUGAGAAAGCAUAUCAGAUGUGUGCAAGACAUUUCUUCAAACUACUACCAAAAACACAUUUUAUCACCCAUUGUCACUUGGUCAAAUUUAGUUACUGAGUCCAUUUUGAUAAUAAUGCACUCAUACUAGUUUGAUUGAAUACUAUCUGUCCUGUCCAAUAAGGAUUUCUAAUUGUGUGGCACCCAGUUCUUCCAUGUAGGUCAUUAUAACCUGAAUUAUACCAUCAAUUGAGUUAAAAUGCGUGAAGUUGCACAAUGAUUAAAAUGAAUAGGUUUGUGUUUAUAACCUAUAAUAACUCUAGUGGAAUCAUGUACACAGCAGGAAUUGACACAGUAAAAACUGGUAGCAGGAAAUUUUGACAGCGUUUGAAAUGCCUUGAAAAUCAGGGCAGGUACUUUAUGAGGGGGAAAAAAAAACAAAAAUGUCAACAUUUGGCCAAAUUAAUACUACCUCCUCCCCAGUGAUUGGUAUUCACUCAUUAUAUAUGUGUUUAAGAAAAUGAAAGCAUGGAGAAUUUGUUUAGCACACCAGAAGUUGUAGAUCUAUAUCUGGUAUCCAGAACCCGACGGGGAGAUGGUUCUUGUUCUCCCUUUUUUUGGGUCAGCAUUUUAAAAAUGCAAAGCCUCAUAUGUUGAGACAUUUUAUUCCUAAUUAGAUUCCCUGCCCUUUGCACAUAACUUUUCUUUUAAACUUAGUUCUAACCCUAAAUUUUGACAUCAGAAAGUGUUUGCACUGUAUAAACAAUGUUAGCUGAAAGCAUGUUUAUUUUUUUUAAAGAGCUUCUGCUCUUCUGCACAUUUCCAUAUCUAGAGAUGAAGAGUCCUGAAUUUGAAGUCACACCCACAGGUGAAACACAGCCUGAAGUCAAGGCCUUGCUAGUAAGUGGAGCUUUGUACAUAGUCAUUAUGAUUUUUUGGCUGCCCGGACAUCAAGUAAACAUAACACUAAAGAAACUGUCUGGAGAUCCCAUUCUGCUACUACUACUAAUUUUUCUGUACAUCCUUUUCAAAAAUUGAAAACUUUUUCAGAUCAUAAGGCAGAAUUUAGUAAUUUUGUGCUUCUGUAAAUGUCUAGCAUUUUAAACAUAGAUAACAUUGUUUUGGACACUGGAAUAAUAUGAUUUAUUUUCACCUAUAAAAAUGACUUUAUUGUACUUGAACACCUUUGCAUUUCUCCAUUUGUGCCAUUUACAAGUGGAAAUAAAUUUUAUUAUACCAUGAUCUACUGGCGUUUUAAAACUGUUACAUGUGCACAUUUUGGGUAUAGCUAUUUUCAUUUGUAUGUAUAUAUUGUAUAUACAUAUGAGUGUCUAUAUGUGUGUAUAGAUGGAUUGGUAUAACUCAUUCUAAACAUGUAUGCCAGGGCUCUAGUUUUAUUGUUCCCAUACCACCCACCCUCCAGCCCCAUGUUACAGCAAGACUGUGUGGUAUUAAAGAGUGAGUAUUCUGGGUUGGUACUUAAGAGAGGGUGAUAAGUAGAUGCAAUCUCUUUUCCCCCUUAGCACUUGUAUGGAUGAGGAGAAGGUUAGGUAAAGUAUGAAACUAUAAAUUACAGUGCAGUAAAUUGUGCUAGGGAAGAAGCCAGUUACUGUUUAAGUUUGUUUUACAAUGCAAUAACUAAAAGAUGCAAGCUGCAGAGAAAAAUGAACUCUGCAAAGAACACUGGUAGUAAUCAUUCUGCAAAGGUUAAGAGAGCCACUGAGUCACAGUCUUCAUGGACUUUUUGGAUUUCUUAGUGUUGGUACCGUGAUUCUCAUUUACUUUUUACUCUUAAUACUAAUACUUGCGUGUUUUACUGAGGAUCAAAACUGCCAAGAAAGAAAUUACAACUAAAACAUAUCUAAGGUUCCUAAACUGUAAAAUGAGCAGGAGAUGAUCAUUGGGAGAGAAAGUAUACUGGUUGGAAGGGAGGGCUGUCUCCUUUUAACUUCUUGUUGCUAAUAAUAAGUUCUUUAUGCACCUUCUACCCCUUCUGAGCCACUACCAUUCAAGCAGAGAUUUGGUCUAACACAACACACCUUUCUUACUUUUGCUUCUUUUCUUUUGAGACACGUACCCUUUCUGAUUGGAUAAUUGAUGUUUAGCCAAGGCUGCCCUCAAAUUCCUAGCAAUCUUUCUGUAAGCCUCUCAAGUACUGGACAUUACAGGCAUGAACCACCAUGCCUAUAACCUAUAGGCACAGCAACCCAUCCUUUUGUAGGUUUUAUAGUUCUCCAUUUAUCUCGUGUUCAGAAUGUGAAGUGUCCUAAUGUGUGUUAAAGUUAGAAAAUAAUAUAUUUAAGGUAUAUUAAGUAUGAAUCUGCUAUAAUGAUGAAAGAAAUUCUCACUUCUUAAAUAGUCUUUCAAGGAGCAUUGGGCUGUCAUCUUCGAGCUGCUUAUCAAAAUACAGAUCAUUAUUGAAUAUAAAAAAUUUCUGUUUUAUUUUGUCCCUAAUAACAGGAGAUUCCCUUCCAUGGUUUUAGCAUUGCCUUUUUAAAAAGGCACUCACCCUGAGUUGUUAAGAACUGGAAAUUUCCCACCCUCAGAUUCCUUCAAGGAUGAAGAGUGUUCUGUACCCUCAGCAUAUGUGCCUCUUGUAUGCAAGGACUACUGAUUGAAGUCUGUUUUGCUGUCUGGUUAUGUCGUCUGCACUUUUAUGAAAUCACUACAGUAGAUCUACGUUGGAAAUAAUUUGUAAAGAAAUUUUUAUUAAACACUGUAGAAAAAGUGAAGCUGAGAACUCUUUUGUGCAUUUAUAUUUCCUACUGAAUUCUGGUAGGCCACUUUAAAGUUGUAUUGACUUUUUUUCCUCUUUGAUUAUAUUCAGAUUUCCAAGCAAGUGCUGGCCUUCAGAUCAUAAGUGUAAGAAAUAUGCAUCAUAUCUGCCUAUUGCAGGCUUCUGAAACUUGCACUGCCCAUCCAUGCAAAAAUAAAUAUCUUAAAUAAAAGCAGAGAGCAAAAACUGGGGAGCCAUGUACUAUGUCACCACAUUUGUUAACUGUUUCCAGCAAUCCAAACUGGGGUUGUGUGUGUGUGUGUGUGUGUGUGUGUGUGUUUGUGUAUGUGUAUUGGGGGGUUUUGUUUUUCUUUGCUUCUAAAUACACAAGGGGUUCUUCUUUAAAUAGAGGAAAAGUUUAAUCCUCUCCAGCCGGAUGCCCACUGGAUAUAAUAAUAUUAACAUCUGUAGGUAGUUGGAAGUAUAGAGAGAAGGUAAGAUUUCUCAAUGAAUGAAAGGGUGUCUUGAUGCUCAAGAGUCCCCACCCCCAAAGUACGGGUAAUUCAACCUGCACAGUUUCCUUUUCACUCGUAGUUUAACAAUUAUGAGCGAAAAAUCAUGUAAUUAUCUGUAAAUAUGUAGCUAACAAAUUGACCUAGUUUCUGUACUUUUUUUGGUUUUGUAUUAAAGGUUAUAGGUCUGUGCCAGCUUAGAGAGGAGUUGCUGUCAUUGCUAGUUGUGCUUCUAGCAUUUAACCUUGAAACCAUCCUAGGUGACAUUUUAGAAUUAAUGCUUAAGUGUUGUUAAAUGGGGACAUGGAGCUUAAUCAUUGGUCAGGUUUGAAAUCCUUUGAAGCUAAGUAAUUUUAUUUAAUAUGAUUACAUGUUGUCAUAAGUGAGGUGUAGGGAGUCUCCCUCUCCCAGUGGCCAUGUUUACAGAGUGUUGUCUGUAAAGUGCAAGUGUGUUAAUGUUCAUGUAAAUUAUGCAGGUGGUAACUUUAUGGUUUGGGACUGUUUAUGGGCUCUUUUAACUGAAUUUUCAAAUGAAAUGAACUAUGCUUAUUGCUGGCACAUUGAUCCCAUUUCUGGAACAUUUCCUACUUCCAGAAUUCCGUAUGUUCCUUAGACAUUACCCCCACUUAACCUCCCUUCCUCUGAUAUGCCUUGUAGCUAAGAUUUAAAAGACUGUUGAACAUAGAUGAGGGGAAUGCAUUUCUUAAAAAUCCAUGAACCCUCAAUUGUAUGCUUUCAGUAUUGUGUUACAUGUUUCUAUGGCAACUUUGAAGUCAGUGGUUUAGAAAUGAGAUACCAAUGUUAAUGAAAAGUAUGUACUCUUUGCUUUUGCAUGGCUUGGCUUAGUAUCCAAGGUAUAUUAGAGCCACUUGAAAGCAUGAAGACCAGUUAUAUGGAAACAGGUUUCUCUCAGUGGCCCAUUUUGCUUUUUCUUAGCCCUCAAAUACAUUGCCUCGGCAUGAACAUUAUUGUUAAUAUAAAUUGCACAUGGUCAUCGAGCGAAUUAUAAAGUUUUGAAAAGAUGCAGCUGCCCAGUAUUUACAGUUUUGGUUGGUCUCUAUCUCCAAUAACAGUGUAGGUGUUAGGACCCUUGUGGCCCUUCUUGGGGUCAGUUUAUCGGUUUAUCAAGGAGGGCAUUGGCUACCCCUGAGGUAUUGCCACGCUGUUGUCUUUGCUGCCCGUUCAAUCCACAUGUGCUGUUGUCCUUCUUCACUCCAUACUCCAUACUCUGAAAGAAACCAUCACCCUUCCUUUUUUUUUUUUUUUUUUUUUGGUCUUUUAUUACACAUUAAAUGAGAAUUGUGCCUAUUUAGAUUGCCCCUCCAGUUAAAUACAUCUGUAAUCCAAGCCAGAGAUAAGAUGGAAGAACAUUUUUUUUCAAGUUUACUUGGCCAAUAACUUAUCUAACAAACUGUUUUACCACAUUGUCUUGACACUUGAUAGAAGAGCCUAUUAGGAGUCACCGUGGUUUCGUAGAGUAAAACUCAAGUGAGGAGGGAUGUGUGGGGUUUCCAUCAGGACGUAAUUUUGUUCUUGGUUUACUCUUUAUGAUCCUUCUCUGCUAGUUUAGGAUAGUUUUGUUUUUUUUUAAUUUUUUUUUAGGGAAAUUUUUACAAAAUAAUGGUCUGAUGUAAAUACCAUUUUAAAGUACACUGCACAUAACUCCCUAGGCUGUUCCAACCUGACUAUUUGUAAAUGCUUUAGAGUUUUUAAAUUAACACUUCUGUUGCUAAAUACUAUUUAUGUAAGUCUGAAAAGGUUUUUAACCCAUAUACAACAUUUAAAUAAUGCAGGUUAUUAUGAGCAAGUUAGCUUUGAGAACCCCUCCUUUUAGUAUAUGAAAAAGCCUAAUGCGCAUUAAUAAGGUCAGAGAGACUAUGAGAAAUAUGUAUAGUGUAUAUUUUAAACAGCUUUGCUUGUAUUGUGAAGAUUUAAGAACAAACUUGAGAUGUUUAAACUAUUAACACAGUUUUAACAUAAGUUAUCCCACUGGGUUUAAAAGCAUCUUGAAUGUAUAACCCUCUGUAACCCAGGCUGGUUUUUGCUUUUACUGAACCAUCCAAACCUUAUUUAUAUUUUUAGUUUUGUGUACUCAUUUUUUUUUGUUUUCCUCAAACAGCAUGUUGUUGUUGAGGUUUUUUGUUUUGUUUUUGUUUGGGGUUUUUUUUUUUUUUUUUUUUUUGCACAUGUAGAAAUUUUUUAAAAGAAGGAAAUUAAUACAUGAUUUUUCUCUAGAUUUUCCUCAGUCUUUGUACUAACCUCUUAAAAACCGUGGCAUUCCAUUUGCUUUAUUUGUGCAAAUGCCAGGGUUGGUUUUUAUUUUUAUUUUUGCUAUUUACCUAAAAGAGAGAGAGAGAGAGACAAUGCUUCAGUCAAUUGCUUUUUUAUUUAAAAUUUAAAGAAAAAAAAAGAAAAAAAAAAGCUGUAACCUUAUCAUUUCUGAGUAGACCAUUGAGAGAAAUGCACACCUGUCAGCCCAGGACCAGCUUUGGUGGCUAAAGGGAAUAUUUUAACUACCCAAGAUGUUCUGUACAAAACAUGGUAUAUGUUAUCCACAGUCCAUUUCAGAUAUUCCCACAAGUCAGGUCCAGUUAAAUGAGGGUUAUCAGCUAACUGAUAUGUUAUCAUUGAGGUUCGUCAAUGAAUUUGUACAUUUCUAGUUCCCUUUGCUGAAGGGAAAAAUGAUGAUUUUGCAAGACCUAGAUUUUGGCUUGGUUUCUUGCCUCCUUUUUUGGCAGCCUUCAUCUUUUCCUAAAGCCCUUGAGCCUGUAGGGUUUUCAUAGUGGACAAAGGACUUAAAUGGUCUUUUAAAACUGGGAUAGUUUUGGGGGAAAGGGCAAGAGAUUAUCAUAUUGAACAGUAUCCCAAUACUUUUAACAGUGGAUAAUAUUGAGUAAACCCGGUCCUUUCAAUUUUUAGACUAAACAGAUGCCCACAGUGGAGGCUUACCAAAGGCUGCAAUGAGGAAGAAGCCUCCCCUCACUGUCAGCACCGGCUGAGAAGGUGACUGUGCAGGUGUGCAUUUUCCUUUUGGUAGCAAUGGUCCACAGCACUAACUGGUAAGGCUUAUUGUACAGUACAUUGUCAGUACUCUUCUGGUUCAGCAUACCUUAUAGUUCGUAUAUAACCUGGAGUCAUUGUAUAGAUUGUGCAUUUAAAGCUGUUACCAAGUUGUCAGAACUUUAAGAACGAAAACAGGUCAUAUGUAAUAUUUUGUUUGUAAGUAUCCUUUGUAUCAUAGCAAAGGAAAUGUUUAAAAGAUCAGCUGUAAUAAAAGUAAUUUUAGUACACAAA